AUGAAGUCAAUCCUAGAUGGCCUCGCGGACACAACUUUCCGAACGAUUACAACAGAUCUCCUUUACGCGGGCUCCAACGAUAUCCAGGGUGAUCCUUUCCAAGAAAAAAUGACUGCAGGAGAUGAUCCCCUGUUGAGCAUUAUUCCAUCCGAUCAGAUCAAUAUCACAGAGUUUUACAACAAGUCCUUGUCUACCUUUAAGGAGAAUGAUGAGAAUAUACAGUGUGGGGAGAACUUCAUGGAUAUGGAGUGUUUUAUGAUCCUGAACCCCAGCCAGCAGCUGGCUAUUGCAGUUCUGUCCCUCACCCUGGGCACCUUCACUGUCCUGGAGAACCUCCUCGUCCUCUGCGUCAUCCUCCACUCCCGAAGCCUCCGGUGUCGACCCUCUUACCACUUCAUCGGCAGCCUGGCUGUGGCCGACCUCCUGGGCAGCGUGAUUUUUGUCUACAGUUUUGUUGAUUUCCAUGUUUUCCACCGGAAGGACAGCCCUAAUGUCUUCUUGUUCAAACUGGGUGGAGUUACAGCCUCGUUCACUGCCUCUGUAGGUAGCCUUUUCCUCACGGCAAUAGACCGGUACAUAUCUAUACACAGGCCGCUAGCGUACAAAAGGAUUGUAACCCGACCAAAGGCUGUCGUAGCGUUCUGUGUGAUGUGGACCAUCGCUAUUGUAAUAGCUGUUCUUCCUCUGCUCGGCUGGAACUGCAAAAAACUCAAUUCUGUGUGUUCAGACAUAUUCCCCCUCAUCGAUGAGACGUACCUGAUGUUCUGGAUUGGGGUCACCAGCGUACUCUUGCUGUUCAUUGUGUAUGCUUACAUGUACAUCCUGUGGAAGGCUCACAGUCAUGCUGUUCGAAUGAUUCAGCGUGGCACUCAGAAAAGCAUAAUCAUUCAGACUACGGAGGAUGGGAAAGUACAGAUCACUAGGCCUGAUCAAACUCGUAUGGACAUCAGGUUAGCCAAAACCUUGGUCCUUAUUCUAGUCGUUCUAAUCAUAUGCUGGGGCCCUCUCCUCGCCAUAAUGGUUUAUGAUGUCUUUGGGAAAAUGAACAAGCUCAUCAAGACUGUCUUUGCAUUCUGUAGCAUGCUCUGUUUGCUGAAUUCGACAGUGAAUCCCAUCAUCUACGCUCUGAGGAGCAAGGACUUGCGACAUGCUUUCCGGAGCAUGUUCCCCACCUGCGAAGGAACUGCACAGCCGCUCGAUAACAGCAUGGAGUCCGACUGCCAGCACAAGCACGCCAACAACGCAGGUAACGUUCACAGGGCUGCGGAGAGCUGCAUUAAGAGCACAGUUAAGAUUGCCAAAGUUACCAUGUCUGUCUCCACAGACACAACUGCUGAAGCAUUGUAAGUCAGAGACUUCUCAGCAUUGUGUGAAAAGGAAAUAGUUGGAAAAAAAAAAAAAAAAAAAGCAGCAACAACAGAGAAAACCAAACCCGUGGCUUAAUGUGUUUGUACCCUCUUGUAAUACCUUUUCGGUUUGUCAUUGUAAGCUAAACAAUGAUUGUGUUCUACAAUUAGGGAUUCAAGCUAAAUUCUCAGAAGUUUUUUCUCAGAAAAAUGUUUACUGAAUAAUAAUGAGUU